AUGCAGUCGGGCCCGCCUCCUCCGUCCCUCUUUGCGGCAAGGCUAGUGUCCGCCCUGGAACACCGCGCCGAGACCGCGGAGCAGAUCGCGGGGGAACGGGCGAAGCAGGUCGGGGAGCUCGAAGGCCGCGUCGAGAGGGCGGAGGCUCUGCAGAGAGACCUAGCGGAGCAAGUCCUGCAGCAGGAGACCAACGCGGAGACCGCCGAGCUUCUCGCCAAGGAGCGGGCCAAUCAGAUCGCGGAGCUGGAGGAGGCGAACGCGAAGCAGGUCGGGGAGCUAGAGCAUAGGAUCCAGGGCGCCGAGUCGGCGGUGGCCGCGGCGGCGGAGGCGGCGGUAGCGGCGGCGGAGCUGAGGGCGGCGGAGGACGAGCUGGGCGGGGAGAGCGCGAGGUCCCUCGCCGAAAAUCGCGCCAGGGAGCUCUCGGCGGUCAAGGCGGAAUCGGCGAGGCUCGUGGCCGACCUGGAGCAGCGCGUCAGGGGCGCCGAGUCCCUCGCGGCCGAGCGGGCGCAGCAGUCCGCCGCCUCCAAGGAGGCCGCGGCGAAGAAGAUAGCGGAGCUGGAGCAGCGGGCGGAGAACGCGGAGGAAGCGGCGGCGGCCGCGGCGGCGACGGCGGCGAAGCAGCUCGGGGAGGUGCUGGAGCAGCGCGCCGAGAACGCCGACUUGUUGGCCGAGGAGCGGGCGAAGCAGGCCGCCGCCCUCGAGAAGGCCUCCGCGAAGCAGAUGGAGGAGCUCAAGCAGCGCGCGGAGAACGCCGAGCUGGCGGCGGCGGCGGCGUCGACGGCGGCGGCGGUGGCGGCGCAGCAGAUGGCGGGGCUCGAGAAGCGGGGCCAGAGCGUGGGGUCUCUGGCAGAGGAGCGGGCGAAGAAGAUGGCCGUCUUCGAGGAGCGCGCACAGAGGGCCAAGUCUCUCGCCGGAGCGCAGGCGAAGCACAUCGCGGAGCUGGAGCAGCACUCCGAGAGCGCGGCAGCGCUGGCGGCCGAGCGGGCCAAGCAGCUGUCGAACCUGGAGGCAACCACGGCGAGGCAGGUCGAGGAGAUGAAGAAGCGCGUCGAGAGCGCCGAGUCCCGGGCGGCGGAGCGAGUGCAGCAGGCCGCGGACGUCGAGAAGGCGUCGGCCGUGGAGAUCGCAAGGUGGAAGCAGCGCGCGGAGAGCGCCGACUCCGCGGCGGCGGCGGCCUCCGAAGCGGCGGCGCUGGCGGCGCAGCAGCGGGCGGAGCUCGAGAAGCGGGGCGAGAGCGCGGGGUCCCUGGCGGCCGAGCGGGCGAAGCAGAUGGCGGUGUUCGAGGAGCGGGCGGAAAGGGCCAAGUCUCUGGCCGAGGCGCAGGCGAAGCACAUCGCGAAGCUGGAGCAGCACUCGGAAACCGUGGCCUCCCUCGCGGCCGAGCGGGCGGAGCAGAUCUCGAAGCUCGAGGUCACGACGGCGAAGGAGAUCAGGGACCUGGAGAAGCGGGUCGAGAGCGCGGAGCAGACAUCCUGCGAGCGCGCCAAGCAGCUCUUGGAGCUGGGCCACCGCGCCGAGACCGCGGAGAUUCGCGGCAGGGAGGCCGGCAAGCAGCUGAUGGACCAGGACAACCGGGCCGAGACCGCGGAGCUCCUGGCCAACACGCGGGCGAAGAAGAUCGAGGAGCUGGAGGAGUCGACGACGAAGCAGGUGCGGGAGCUGACCCGUCGUGCGGAAGCCGCGGAGCUCUUGGCGACGGAGCGGGGCGACAGCCUCACGGAGUUGGAGGCGGCUCGGGCGAAGCAGGUGGAGGAGCUGGAGACCACCACGGGAAAGCAGAUCGGGGACCUCGAGCAGCGCGCGGGGACCGCGGAGCUUCUCUCGAUGAAGCUCGCCAAGCAGAUCGCGGAGCUAGAGGCCGUGACGGCGAAGCAGGUGGUGGAGCUGGAGAGGAGGGUCAAGAGCGCCGACUCGGUGGCGGUGGAGCACGCGCACAAGAUGGCGGUCUUCGAGGAGGCCUCUUGCAAGCAGAUCGCGGAGCUGGAGCAGCGCGCGGAGAGCGCCGAGCUUGCCGUGGCGGAGGCGGCGGCGGCGGCGGUGGCGGUGGCCUCGCAGUUGUCGGAGGUCGAGCAGCGGGCGGAGACCGCCGAGAACCUCGCCGCCGAGAGGAGCAAGAGGCUCCGGGAGGUCGAGGCGUCGGCGGCGAAGCAGAUCGGGGAGCUGGACCACCGCGCGGAGACCGCGGAGCUCCUGGCGGCGGAGCGGGCGAAGCAGAUCCUGGUGCUCGAGCAGCGGGGCGAGAGCGUCGCCUCUCUCGCGGCAGAGCGGGCGAGGCAGGUCGGGGAGCUCGAGCAGCGCGGCGAGAGCGUUGGGUCGCUGGCGGCCGAGAGGGGCAAGCAGAUGGCCGUGUUCGAGGAGCGCGCGGACAGGGCAAAGUCUCUCGCCGGGACGCAGGCGAAGCACAUCGCGGAGCUCGAGCAACGGUCCGAUCGCUUGGGGUCGCUGGCGGCGAAGCGCGCCAAGCAGCUCCUGGACGUGGAGGCGAACACGACGAAGCAGAUCGACGAGCUGCAGCAGCGGGCGGACGGCGCGGAGGCCAAGACGAAGGACUUGAAGAAGCUGCUUCUCGAGCAGGACCACCGCGCAAAGACCGCGGAGCUCCUGGCGGCGGAGCGGGCGAAGCAGAUCGUGGUGCUGGAGCAGCGGGGUGACAACACCACCUCCCUGGCGCUGGAGCGGGCCAAGCAGCUCGGGGAGCUGGAGCAGCGCGUCGACAGCGCGGCCUCCUUGGCCGCCGAGCGGGCGAAGCAGAUCGCCCACAUCGAGUCCGUCACGGCGAAGCAGAUCGAGGAGCUGGAGCAGCGGGUCGAGAGCGCCGUCAGCCUCGUGGUGGAGCGGGGCAAGAGGAUCGGGGAGCUCGAGCAGCGCGUCGAGAGGUCGGAAGCGGAGGCGGCGGCGGCGAUCCAGUCCGGCGAGGCUGGGGCCGCCGGGGCCGCCGCCGCGGCGGCUAAGCUGAUCGAGGAGCUGGAGCAACGCCUGGAGAGCGCCCAGGGCGAGGCGGCCGCAGCGGUGACGCUCAUCACCGAGCUGGAGCAGCGCGUCGAGAGCGCCGACUUCCUUGCGGUCGAGCGGGCGAAAAAGAUCGACCACCUCAACGUGACCACGGCGAAGCAGAUCGGGGACCUGGAGCAGCGGGUCGAGGCGGCCGAGGCCCUCGCGGCCGAGAGGGCGGAUAUGGUGGAGGAGCUGACCCGGCGGGCGGAGGGCGCGAUCGCGGCGGCGGCGGCGGCGCAGGAGCAGGUGGACGACGUGGAGGCGUCGGCGAGGCAGCGGGAGCUGUCGGCUUCGCGCGCUCUUGAGUCGACCGUGAGGAUGGAGGAAGAGGCAAGGUUGUUGAAGGCGGAGGCUACGGCGUCUUUGCAGCUGGCCCAAGAGAGGAUCAGACAGGUCGAGAAGCGGUCGGAGAGGAUGCUCAAGGAGGCCAUGGAAGAGUAUGCGGCUUCCCUGGAAAGGGUUAACAAGAGGGCCAUGAGGAGGGAGGAGGAGGCGAAGAGGAGGGAAGACGCCGCACUCGCGCUAGAGAAGAGCGCCAUGCAGCAGCGCGACUUGGUGGCUUCGGAAAGAUACCGCCGUCAUACAUCUCAGGGAGGGAACUCCUACAAGAAAGGAGGUCCAUCCGGCGGAGGGCAUUUAGAGUCCAAGGAGUCUGUCGCCUAACCCGGUCGACUCUCCUCUCCAUCUCGGCAUUUUCACCGCACGGUGCGACCGCCAUGCUGGAAGUCUACUCUCUGAGAUUGCGGUUGGGAUUACACCCAACGGUUGGGACUGCAUGGGGAAGAGGCGGUUAGCGAAUCGACCAAAGGGAGGAGGUACUGCUGCUUGAAAUUUGUUUUAGGGUGGGUCGCAGCAGACACACGCAAAACAAAGGCUGGCGAGAUUGAUCAGAUUGAUGUGGUUCAUGUCAUGGUUGGCGAGAUUGACGUAAUUGGCGUGGUUCAUGUCAUGGUUUAGUUAAACCUGAGACAUCUCGAAAAAAACAAGAGAUGUUGGCGAGAUUGACGUGGCUGUCUUGUUUAGGCUGAGACAUACGAAAAAAAAAAAUGUUGGCGAGGUGGAUGUGAUGUGUCACGUUGCCCUGGGGUGGACGCCUUUGCCCGACGAGAGUCGCUAGAGACGGGGACACGUUUCCCGCGGGAGAGUUUUUAUUUUUUUUGUUCCCUGUUGAUGUGGGGGACGGGUUACACCGCUGCAGCCCACGCUUGUUUGAAGAGAGAUGGGAGAUACGGUUUCUGCUCGUGGCGACAGGGUAGAAGUAGAAACGAUAUCACCUGGCGCGGGUCGCGGUCUCGGAAUGGACAAGAGUGGGAGGGAAGUGGGAGUAGAUUUUGGUGUGUGAACGGCGGUGAGUCCAUGCAUGAUGCGCACCCUACAUAGACCGGUCUGUCUCCCUAGAGAGAGAAUUUGAUGGUACUACAAUUAUCAGACCCUGUAGACGCAGGAAGAGGCGGGUGGUGCCUUUGCUGGAGGUGACGUGAGCAAGUCUAUGAUGUCAGGCAGAGACGCGGCGGGAUCAUGCUGAUGGCAGCACGUACCCUACUGAAAGUAUUGAAAGUAGGGUCAGACGAAAAAAAUGCGACACCGGUCUCUGUAGGUUUACGGGUUGACGUUUCAAAGUCGAAAACAGCAGCUUUCGUGUGAACCUGGCUGCUCUAGCGUUUACUUCCGGUUUCAGAUUGCACUUCUUGUCAGCACGAAGACAUUGACCGCUUGUCCGUCGGAGGGUACAGAGAGAUGGAAAGUGUAGCCUAAAGUAGUCGAGUCGAAGGGUGUGUGGGCCAUAAAAGGUGGGCCACCUUCUACUUUGGAAAGGAGGAAACGAGGAAACUCGGCGGGUGUGUGGGUGACAACUAUUGGUACUUGGACGUACACUUACCUAAUGAUGGCGCCGGAAUGGCCACUACAGCAGUAGUGUGCUGUCCGGGACGCUGGAUGGACUGAGGCACCGGCAGAACAAGAAUUGGUAGGAUGAGGAACGCGUGUACGACGGGAGGGUGUAGAAAACACCGCAAAGUUGUCGCUGGUGUCUGUUUAUUUUACCUGGAGAAAGUUGCUAGGUUGAUGGCCAAGCGGCUUGAGGUACAAGCAAAACACGAGGUUGGGAGCUGUCAGGCGUUUCAUUUUGGGAGGGGGCUUCCCCCCAUGGGUGAUGAGAGCUGUAAAUGAGGUGAUGCCAGGUCGUCGGGCGGAUAUGGUAAAGACGAAGAUCGGCGCAUUGCGUCGAAAGUAACAACCCACCUGCAGUGCGCAAAUACUUUUGCCACAGGAAGACGGGAAAAAAAAACUUCCUGCCGCGCAGAAAGGAAGAUACGUAUGUUGUCGAUGUUUGGAUGGCUGUAUUUUGUUAUUUCCUUGGGAUGAUGGUGAUGAUUGAAACUGCGAAGGGCGGCUGGGGGUGAGUCACACGGCAAAAGAAGUCUUCAUGAAGGAGGCCGUCGAGGCAAGAUAGUCUAUGAUUUCGUGCGGACGCCAAUCAAUGUUAGUUGUCUUUGAAGGAAUUUGUUCAAUGUUUUGGAUGAUGCUAGCUAGUAUAAUUAAUUAAUCUACCCUGUGCAAGUACGGACGGACGGUACUGGCCGUCUUAAGAGGCGAGCUAGUAAAGGCGGCGGUUUCGUGUGUGACGUUUGCAUCGAUCUGAUUGGUCCAUGUGUUUGUAUUCUGGGUUGAAUUGGCUGAAGGAGUACGAACGCUUCGGCAGCCUAGCUAGGUCGUUGAUCUGGGUGAAGAGCGCCCUGUUUGUCGUGUGCGCGGAGAAGAGACGAUUUGAGAGUUCAAAAUAGUUGACCCAAUCGGCCUGACGAUCCGCUUGAUUUUUUCUUGUUUUGUUGUCAUUGUUUCCCAUCCUGUGUCUCGCGAUUUUUUCCCACCGCACUCGCCUGAUUUUCGAAGAGUGUGCACCCUUGUUUGCGCACAUAUCGUAGUUGACCUACUACCUGUGACCCGCGGAAGGAAGGCGUCCGCGGGAAUUGGACCGGUCCGGAUGGUAUAAGGCGGUUCUUAGCAGAGGCUGGAAUGAAUGGUUGUUGAGUCUCUCGUCUUUGUUUUUUUAGUCGGACUCGGAUCGAUUUGUUUGGCUGUGCCAGCAGUAGUGUGGAACGGCAAACUUUUAGGAGGAUGGUUGAGCCUUGGAGCGUGCGUGCGGAAGGACGACGAGUUGCGGCGACAAUCGGAAGGAGAGAGUGCCUUCUAGGCAUCCCUAAGGGAAAAAACAUGUGUACGUACUGUACGUGGUGCGAUCCAAAGGUUGUUCUGUGACAUCGCCUAAUUAAUUGAAUCUAAAUAUCUGCAUCUUUUGUCUGGCUCAGACGACGGCCCGCGCAGCUUGUUGUCGUGAUUGCACUUAUUUACUGCGUGAAGCGGAGGGUGCAAUCUCGGUGGAAAUGGGUGCAGACAUAUUAUUUACGUUGCCGAACGAACAGUUAGUGUAGCGGCAGAUAGGGUUGGUUGAAUCUCUGGAAAUAGAUUCAACCCUGCCUAUUUUCUCUCUUUCUUCAUGUAUGCUACAAUGAUGACCAUGAGGUCCAUAGACGGCGAUGAGUAUACGCAGUCUGGGGCUUUCGUGCGGCACGCCAGCAUUGAGCACGACAGCAUUGAAUUCUUCAACGCAAAUAAAUCGGUGUAAUGGCG